AUGAAAGAUCCAAGUUUCUCUCUUUCACAGGAGCAUUCUGACAAUGAAGAGCUGGUUUACCUAAUUCCCCCCUCCGUGAGUCCAUUAGAAAAUCCCUAUGUUUUCAAAAAAAGCAACCUUCUGAGUGAACAAAAAUUUUUUAUGAAAAAAAUUUGAUAUAUAAGUGAUAACUAAUAUAAUGAAAUAUCUAGCUAAUUGAAUAAAUUGCAUUUUAAAACAUAAACUUUGCAAAUUAAAUUAAUAUUUAAUUAAAUCUCGAAAAAAAAAAUUACUAUAAAUUUAUAUAAAUUUAAAACAAAAUUAAAACCUCUCCAUAAAUGAACAAAGAUUUUCUGUUCGCUUACAGAAGGGGGAGUAAGAAAAAUCAUAGGUUUGCGCUUGGUACAUGUUCUAUUUGUGUUUGGUGAAGCCUGCCUCUUUUUCUUUAUAGACGAAGUCUAUGAGUUCUCAGAAUCAAAACUUUACUUAGCAUUGCUUUUUAAAGCUUCACUUGUCCCGAUCGCAAUUAUUCUCUUUAAAGUUGAAGCUAUCGGCAAAAGCUUAAUUUUGUCUGCUAUAUUUGGAAUUCUUUUUACACUUGGGCUAGGAGCAAUGCUGGGGUCACUUUUUUCAUUGUUUUUUGAACAAUGGACAGGAUUUAUAGUGUUAACCUCAUAUGUGACCGUUAAUUUUGCAGUUUUUUUAUCUGUGACAGUAGAAAGAAAAACAUAUAAAGUGCCUAAAGCCCUUUUUUGGAUAUUAGGGAUAACAAUUGUCAACAUAACUGCUCAGAUAUUUAUAUUCCAUGCAGAGCAUUUAGCCUUACUAAUCGUUGCAGUUAUGUUUGCAGGGUUUGGCGUUUUCUCAGUUGUCCAUUCAAAGAUGAUUGCACAAGGAAAAUUUAGGGUGAUUCCGAGAGAAAGAUAUGUAUUAGGAGCAUUAUGUGUUUACGUUGACUUUUUCAUGUUGAAAUUCGUAAUUAUACAGAAAUGCUGUAACAAAAGAAAAGAGGAGGACGAAGCGAAAUUAGUAAAAGAUUAA